UCUUCUCCCCGGCUCUAUUUUUGUGCCCCUAUCCUCUUUGUCUCUCUCUCUCUCUCCGCAGGGAGGGGACGAGGCGCUGGUCCACCUUAACUCCAAGCCCCUCCCUUGACUAGGAGCAUGCGUACCAUUGAUUGGCGGAGGAAUAAUGGCUGAAAUUGAUUUGCAGACAGCAGUAUGCAAACUUGUUGCUGGCUUUCCGGGGGAUGAGAUCAGCUUGUGUACCUCUCGCCAGCACCAGCCAUCGAGACACACACACAGACAGACAGACAGAGACAGGGAGAGAGCGAGAGGCGAUCUGUGCAAUCCUCAUACUCACUCUCGUGCUCUGGGCCAGCAUUUGUUGCAUGGGAUCGAGGGCUGCAAGCAGAAUAUCGCAGCCGGGAUUGCUUGCUCGGGAGGUUUGAAGUGUCCUGAUGCCUGCAAGUUUGGAGCCGGCGUGAGCAGUCAGUGAGUGCUCUGCCCCCCCCCCCCCCCCCCCCCGCCCCCGCUUCUCCUCCUCUGGACUACCGCUGCACAACAAGAGGGAAGAAACACCAUCCAACAGCCCAGAACUGCCGGCAGAUCUCAUUCCUCCUGCUAAACCCAACGGACAGAGAGAGAGUGUGGAAAUUCAGAAUAAAUAGUAAAAUCCCAAGCAUUAUUUUUUUUUAAAGAACCAACCAUGAAGGCUGGAGUGACAUUACUGAGAGAGUGCAUUUACAGUGUGGUUCCGGCCAGGGUGAGUUUUGCCGCGAAUCCUUCUCGUUGUAUUUGAGGCAUUUAAACAAAAAUAAUAAUAAUAAUAAUCCCCGGACAUUGGAUCGAGCGGAUUGUUGAAUCCUGACACCCCGCGUUACUUUUGUGGUUCAUCUUGACCUGGGCUAUUUUAGUAGCUUGUAAUCGCUGUGCUUUUUCUUCACUGUGUUUGAGAGAGCGAAGAUAUCUCCGGGGCAGGGCUGCCAUGCUGUACUGACCGGGGCUUCGGGAAGUAUGUUCGGGCUGAAUCAGUUCAGCAGAAGCAGUGGCCAAGGAGCGGAACGUAACUUUGGUCAGGCGGCCUUGGGUAUGUCGACGCAUUAUAAGGGGCCGGGGUUCCCCGGCAGCGGCGGCGCAGGUGGUGGUGGCGGCGGCGGCGGCGGCUCGUCAAUGGGAGAGCAGGGGAUCAGCGGUCUCAACGAGCCCCCGAUGCUAUCCAUGGGCAUGAGCCCGGGGCUUGGCGGCGACCAGUACCCCUUCCACCCGCGGGGCCAUUCGGAGCUGCACCAGCAGCCGCCGCCGCCGCCCCCUCCGCCACAGCCCCAGAGCCAAGCACCAGCCCCGGCGGCCCACGUUUACUACCCGAACGGGCACCAACACCAUCACCCUCACGCCCACCCUCACCACCAGUACAGCGGCGCCUUCUGCGGCUCGGAGCCCAGCCCUUCGUGCCUGCACGGGGGGCGGCUGCUGGCGGCUCCCGGCUACGCCAGCAACCCCCUGAGCAGCCAGACGCCCGGCUUCGGGGAGAGCUACGACGCGAUGGGAGAGAACGCGGGCGGAGGGGGCGGCGAAGCUUUCGGACAACAACAGCAGCAGCAACAGCAGCCGCCGUCUCAGCAACAACAGCAGCAACAGCAACACCAACAAGCGCCGGCCGGCACCGCCAGAGCGGGCACACUGACGGACUACCAUCAGCACCAUACCCCGGCUUCCAGCCACACGCCGUGCCUCCCUCUAGACCAGUCUCCCAACCGAGCCGCCUCCUUCCACGCUCUACCCUCGUCCGCCCCCUCCGAGGCUCCAGGGCUGGAGCAGCGGCGCCUGCACACACAGCCACCAGUCGACUCGAUGGACUAUAACUACCAGGGCGACCCUCACUUCGACAUGCCCGUCUUCUCCCCCUCCGAGGCGGGUGCCCAGCUUCCCCACUACGGCUCUGGCCGCCAGGUGCCCGGCGGCAGCAGCUUCCCCGGCAGCCCGGCCGUGCCCAGGACCACGGGCAUGGUGAACAUGGGCAAGGUGCAUCCUCCGCAGCAGCAGGGCAUCUUCUACGAGAGGUUUGGCGGGGGCAACGCGCGCAAGAUGCCGGUGGGCUUGGAGGCCGGGGCCGGCGGGGGCAGGAACUCGCUGCUGCAGCAGCAGCAACAGGCCGGCUUGCUGGGCCGACAGAACUCAUGCCCUCCCGCCAUCCCGAGGCAAGAGGCCGGAGCCGCCACCCCCAGCGGGUCCCAGGAUAGCGGGGAGAUGAUGCAGCCACAACACGCUCCCUUCGAGUACCCCAUCCAGCGGCUGGAGAACAGGAACCUGCACCCGUACAGCGAGCCCAUGUUCAAUGUCCAACAGCAACCCAACCAGCGGCUCCAACACUUUGACGCUCCGUAUCUCAACGUGGCCAAACGGGCCAGGUUUGACUUCGCCAAGCCACGGCGUGGAAACUGCACCAAUUGGAGCGGCAACGGCCUCCACAACCCAGCCCUGGACAGCCAUCUCUCGCCCUCCGCCACCUACCCGGGCCUGCCCGCUGAGUUCUCCCCGCCCGGCCCCGAGGGUUUCCAGCCCGGGCCCCCUCUCCAGCACCCGGGCAGCGAGCAGCAGCAUCGCCACAACAUGCUGAUGAUGUUCAAGCAGAUGGUGUCGCGCAACCAGCGCCACCGCAUGCGACAGCCCGACCUCCAGCCCAUGGGCCACCACGGGGACGCCGGGCCGAGCGGCCUGGUGCACGGCGGGCAGGUGGGCGGCAUGGUCCAGGGCAGCUUCGAGCGGGACGGAGUCGGCGGCGGCAGCGGAGGAGGAGGAGGAGGAGGCGGAGGAGGAGGAGGAGGAGGAGGAGGAGGAGGAGGCAGAAUGCCCGGGUUCGACGCUCAAAACCCGGCCAUGGCCCCAGAGAGUUCGUGGUUCCCAGGCCCGCACCCUCCGGCGGACCUGCUACCGAGGAGGAUGGGCGGCGGCGGCGGCGAGCGGAGCCCCCACGAGUCGGUCCAGAUGAACCUCCAACAGAAUGGGUCGAACCUGCUGUUCAGGACGGCGGGCAACGGCCUGGCUUUGCAAGAACCCAUGAGGAUGCCGAGCGAGGGACACGUCCAGGGCUUGCACUCGCCGGGCAUUCACGCCCAGUUCGGGGGCCCGAUGGGCGGCCUGCCGCAGUUGCAAUCUCCGGGGCCCAGCAUCGGCCUCCCCAACGCCUCGGGCGACAGGAGAGCGGCCGCCGCCGACUUCCCCGGCCCUCAGAUGGGCGGGCAGGCGGGAUUCCCCUUCGCUGGGCCGAGCCGGCCACCCAAUAACCCGCACAAUAACCCCCCCGGGGUGCCCCCGUCUCCAGGCGGUUACCCGGGCCAGCCCGACUUCCAGGCCGGCCAGCGGCCGUCCAUGAGUAAGAUCGGCUCGCUGUCGCUGGGCUCCUUCAGCAAGCCCGGGGCCAAGGACAACACCAUGUACGGCCAGAGCUGCCUGGCCGCGCUCUCCACCGCCUGCCAGAACAUGAUCGCCAGUCUGGGCGCCCCCAAUCUCAAUGUCACCUUCAACAAGAAGAGCCAGGGGGGCGACGGCAAGCGCAAGCUGAGCCAGACGGAGCAAGAGGGAGUGGGGCCGGUCAGCGGCGGCGGGGCAGCGGCCGGAGCCGGGGCCGGAGCCGGUGGCACUUCGUCAGGCGGCGCUGGCAACGGGCCCGAAUACUUCCAGAGCAACGCUCCACAAAACAACCAGAUGGGAGUCGGUGGCGGCGGUGGGAAGCUGGCGGCCCAGACCCAGGGCCCAGCGGCGCAACCCGAGUGUAAUCUCUCCCCAAACUACGGGAUGGAGGCCGCCCCGGUCGAGGCCAAGGGGCAGACGGGGAGAGGGAGGGGCAGGAGGAAAAGAGACAGCGGCCACGUCAGUCCGGGCAACUUCUUCGACAAGUAUUCGGCCGAGAACGUGAACCCGGUGGUGAGUCCCGGCCCUCAGUGUCAGCCCACGCUGGCCGGGGAGCGAGGUGGCGGCACGCCGCAGGACAAGGGCCUCACCUCCCCAUCCUGGGCCAAAGGCAGUGACCUCCUGCUCCCAGACCAACCCGACCUCAUGUCCUCGCUCGAUAGCGGCAUCCAGAGCGUGGCCAAGUCAGACGGCAGCUCCCCCCAGGUCGACUUCCCCGACGAGGUGGGCCCCAACUACGGCAACGAGGACGAGGUGUCUUCCAGCUCCGACAACAACCUCUCCAAGCCCGGCCAACUCAUGAGCAGCUCGCCCAAGCUGCCUCGGGUGGAGCAGCACGGCCUGAAGCCGAUGGGACACUCCAUGCUCACCACCAACACUACCUCCAACCCCGGGCCUGGCGCCGACAGCUUCGGCCACCCGGGAACUCCGGGCAUCGAGCAGGUUCGGACCCCGACCAGCACCUCCUCGUCGCAGGACGAGAUCCACCCUCUGGAGAUCCUGCAAGCACAGAUCCAACUCCAGCGACAGCAGUUCAGCAUCUCGGAGGAUCAGCCCCUCGCCAUGAAGAACAAGAAAGGCGAGUGCCCCGCUCAGAACGGGGACACGGAGUUGGCCGCUUGCGGCACGGACAAUGGCAAGGCCGCCAUCAGCACCAUAGACAUUGAGUCACUGAUGGCGGAGCAUAACUCUACCUGGUAUAUGCCCAGCGACAAGGCCAUGAUGGACCCGCAGGAAGACGACAAGCAAAUGGCACCGUGGGACAAGGUCAAAAAUUCAACCACCAACAAAGAAGCCCACGAGCCUUCACAGAACAAGGCUCCAUCAGUGUCGGCUGACAGCCACUUGCAGUGCCUUUCAGUCCACUGCACAGACGACCUUACUGACUCUAAGGGCCGGAGCCCCAUGCAAACUUGGAGAUCUUUGCAUUCGGACAUCUCUAACCGAUUCGGAACAUUCGUGGCUGCUUUGACCUGAGCAGAGAUGAAUUUUCUUUUGAUUUCUCUCGUUUAUUUUCCUAUUUGUUUCCCUCCCCGUGGCUGCCGCGGUGUGACAGACAGACAGACGGACUUCAAAAAUAAAUAGAAGUGAUAGUCACGGGAGGAUCUGUUGGCCGGCACUUCAGUCCGUGAGCCGCAUCGGUGGCCUGGAAAGGGUUAAUCCCGAGGCCGCGCCACACAGAUUUUGGCCGCGGCUCUUGCUCGAUUCCUGGCCCGUUUGGAAUGCUGAAUAAACACUGCAGAGACCAAUCCCAAACUGAGCUGAACCGAAUGUUUGUUUUUUGGAGUUGAACGACAUUCUUCCCACUGGAAUCCUUGCACUUAUAACCUGAUUUCUCCACCCCACCCCAGACUCCAGCCUUGCGGGUAACAACAAGGGCCUCGAUGGCCAGUAUUCCCCUAUCAUGUCCUCUACAUUGGGAGUGUACAGUGCGUAAUCCUGAAUGAACAGACGGCUGGCAUGGAGUUGUUACCUCAGCCACUGCGAGCUGCAGGAAACGGGUGCAGGCGACAGGCUGGGAUGGUGGCUAGAGGCCCAGAGCUUUAAUUUGCUGACUUGUGAUGGUUUGUUGACAACUUCGGACAAUAAUGGUACAAUUGGUGAUGAAAUCCCAGUGAAUAGAAACUCGAGUGUUUUGCUGAACUGUUAGAAUUAACUCAUGUCUGGACCGUAAAAAAAUAAUAAAAAAAAUAGAAAUCAGCUGGC